UGACAAUCUCCCACUGUCACUGUGUAACGCAAACGCAAAAGUUUUCAUCCGCAUCUAAAAAAUGACGUGUUGUAUAAAAGUGUGCAGAAAUUAUAAAAGACGAUUAAAAACAACGAAAAAAGUAACCUUUCAUCGAUUACCUAAUAAACCAUCCUUAAGAGAACGGUGGGUAGAUAUAAUAAGACAAAGUCGUGGAGAGGAUCACUGGAAUCCAGCGAGAUAUUCAUUGAUAUGCUCAGAUCACUUUAGAGCCAAAGACUUGUAUUUUACUAGUAAUCAAUCUCGUCAAAGGUUAAAAAGACAAGCGAUUCCUUGCAAGGCAUUGUUUUUAUCGUCGAUUAAAUCGGAUGAUGAUGAAAGUGGGGAUGAUGUGUCUAACAGUACAAAAGAUUUGGCCUUAAACCGAAACGACACAGGCACCUUCAAGCAGAAGCCGGCAAUGUAUUUCUUGGUCCCUGGUAUUGGGGAUGUUCCUGAGCGGUUGCCUCACAUCAAAACAAAUAACAGUGAUAAUACUAAAACGAUAAAAUCAGAUGGUACAGAUGAAUAUGAAGUGACUAUAGAAAUAGAACCAGAACCUUGUGAAGAAACUGCCAGCACCGGUGAUGCAGGCCAAGGUGUUGAAAGAAAUUGGAGUCACACAUUGGAAUUCACCAAUCAUCAGGUGAUGAAUAGACAACUAGCUACAGACUCAUCAGCUUCCAGCACCAAACAUGCAGAACAAGAUGUAGAGAAAAAGUGGAGUCACACAUUGGAAUUUAGCAGUCCUCAGGUGAUGAAAACACAAGCAGCAUUAGACGCAGCAGCUCCUAGUACACGCCAUCUAGAGAAAGAUAUGAACAAUACCUUCAAGUUAAGCAGUCUAAAGGUAGACCCACUGGCGCUAGAGUGGAUAGAGAGGUUAUCCAAGCUGCCUCCACAACAGAGACUGUUGACUGAAAGGGCAAUCAACGACGUAAUUCUUAGGGCUGAGCUUGCGAACGUACAUGAAGAAUGAGUGGAAAUUAAAGUUGAUGCAGAAGAGCGAAACGUUACUUAUUAUUUUUAAUGAAGUACUUACAAUUUUAGUUUGAAUAUAAAGUUCGUUAGGUAUGUGGAGAGGUACCGAAUAUGGAAUACUUAAACAAAUUCUUUAAAAAAUCAGUAUAAAAGUGUAUCAGUCUCAUGGGGUACAAAUAAAUGCAAUCAUAAUCACCCGUAUAAAUAAUAAUUGAUUCAAAAAAUAUUUUAAUUCCGUAAUGCCAUUAACUUAAUAAAUCAUCCAAAAAUAUGCUUCUCAAAAAUGUGACCCUAUUAUGGGAUAUGGUAUUCCAUUAUAGGGUCACGUCUUGUGAAUCGGAAUAAAUUAAUAGAAUGAACCCUGCAAGCAAAAAUAAAAGGAGGUAAACAAAGAACAGAAAACUUUCACGUAAAAUCAAUAAAAUUGGGUUAUCUUUUAAGGGUUUUCUUUGUUGGAUAAAAUGCUAAAACCAAUCAAGAAAGACGUGCAAUAGCACCAACAGGCAACAACAUUACUCAGUGGGGGUACAAAAUCACCAGCUACACUCAUUGUAAGACAAACUUUUAUGAGGGACCCUCUUUCCGCGGAAGUCAGAACUUCUAUUUGUUUUUUACGCUUUGUAGGUAAAACCUUGAUGUCUUCGAUUGAACUAUGCUAAGCCCAGUCUCGUCGACGUUGUAGACCCUAGUUGAUGGAAAAAUAAAUAGCUCAAAUUCCUUUUUUUGUGACAAUAAGGUAGGAGACGAGCAGGGCGUUCAGCUGACGGACGGACGUUAUUCCAUAAUUGAUACCUUUUAAUUUUAUUCAAAUCUAAUUUAGUUGAAAAUAUUGUGUUUUGAUACAAAUAAUUUUGUAUUAAUAAAGACAUCUUUAUACAUACUUAUUAACUAAAUAAUAUUAAAAACGCAAAUUCUCAGUAUACAGAACAAAACGUUUGUUCUGUUUUCUGAGCGUAAAUGUGAGUUUGUUUGUUGUUUGUCAGGGGUACAGAAAAGGGGUAUAGAACACAGUUAUCAAGAAAAAGAAAAUUGUUUCGAAGUGACAAAAAAUUGGUCUAAAUCAUAGUUACAAUAUAAGAGCGUAAAUAAUGAGAUUUUAUUUACGUAUGUACAUAUCAUUCGUAGUCUGCUAAUGGAGCAGCAAAAUAAUACGUUAACGACGCAAAAAAGAUGGUAUGACUUAUGACCGGUAAGUUUAUUUUAUUUAUACAAUAUUGCUUUGCAAAAAGCGUAAAUAAUUUAGUAAAACGAAUAUUUUUUCAUAAAAAAUCUACCUAUUGACAAGUAUUCACAUCCUCAGAACAUCACAGAACGAGACACAUAAAAAGACAUGACGUUGAAAACUCUAGAGUCGCUCUUUUUUAUGAUUAUGUUUAAUGAUAAGCAAUAUUGUAUUUUGUGUACAGAAAGUCAUUGCCGGUGAAUGUGAACGGCCUACAAGAUCGUGAUGCAAUUCGUACUCAAAAAGUAUGAUAAGACUUUUUAUAUCAAAAGUAUUGAAAUCUCUUUCGAAUCAAUAUUAUAUCUAGUCACACAAUACUCCAAUUUAGACACAUGUAUAAUUUGACAAAAGCUGUCAUACGAUUGUCCGCUUACACCACAUAUACCAAAAAGGAUACCCUGGAAAAUGUCUAAGUGUAAAGGAGAAAUUAAUUUUAAUUCAGGGAACUUAACAUUGUAAUAACCAGUUUAACUAAUUAAUUUGUAUAAAUAAAAAUAUUAUAUUUGA